AAAGAAGAAAUUUGUUUAUGUUUACAUUUGAAAAUAAUGGAAAUUCGUCCAAACAAUAUUAAUAAUCAAUGUUCCUUGUGUGGUAAUAACGGAAAUGAGAUAGAAUUAACUAAUAUUGAGUUGAACUCACUGAAAUGUGGAAACAAUAUUUUGGAGUUUUCAAGUUUAAUAUCAGAACUUCUUUUUUGUAAUCUUCCUCAUGGAUAUGUUUGCUCAGAAUGCCUACAGCGGUUGGUAGAAUUCUACUUAUUCAAGAACAUUGUGGAUGCACACAUUAAGAAUCCAGAAAUUAUUCAAAAACUUCAGAUAGUCAACAAACUGAAUUCUUUUCUAGACGAUUUUGAAUAUGAGGAAAAGUUUGCAGUCUUGAGAUACAAUCAAUGUUUCACAGUUGUUCCAGAAUCUAAAAGAAGUCUUAUGGAGAAUUUUCAGAACUGGCAACCGCGUGUGAUGUUGCAAAAGAACCAAGAUGAGAAGCAACGUGGGUUGAAAGAUCAAAAACCAAUUAUGAACUUUGAAAUUAAGUCUGACAUUAACGACUAUGAAGAAGUAAUUUAUUUGGAGGAGAAUUUUGAUGAAAACGUUUUAGAAGAAAAAGAAGAAUCACUUAAACAAGAAGAUUCAAAAAUCGUUAUUGAAAUCGACAAUGAAAUGAAGACAAAAACACAAGAUCGUCAAUGGGCAAACGAAGCAACAAAAUCUUGUUAUUCUAUAAAAGAAUCAAAUGACAGCAUCAUACCAAUCUGGACUUGUUGUUAUUGUAGGAAAAUUUAUCAAAGUGCACAAGCAAUGAGAUUUCAUCUUCUCGCAAAACAUCUGCAAAAUAUUAAUGAAGGUAAAAAUAAAUCAAAUCUUCAGACCAACGAGGAAAUGAAGUGGAUUAAAAAUGAAACUAACUCUCGAAAAACAACAAGUGGUUCCUUCGAAAGUCAUUUGAAUGAAAGUCAUCUCGAGAAUGUGCAAUCAAAUGUUGGAAAAAUUAAGAAAACCAUGCAUGAUCUUCGAUGGACAUGCAUCGAGUGUUGUUUUAAGUUUUCAUCUCAACGAACUUUCAAUUCUCAUUUGAAACUACAUGAAAAGCUUAAAGGAUUGAUUAGUUUUACUGAAAUAUUUUAUUGUGAACAAUGUCAAAUGUUUUUCCGUAAUACGAAUGAUCUUAAUUUUCACAAAAGUGCCAAAAACCAUGAAGAUAGACAAUCAGUUCUCAUUCCAGCAACAGGAAUUGCUUUACAAAAAACGAUUUCAUUUAAACGCUUGUCAACUUUACCAGGCGUUGACAACAACCAAGGAGAUUUAAUGUGUGGUCAUUGUGGGAAAAAGUUUUCUAAUGAAAAUAGUAGCAAAAUUCAUCUUUUAAUUCAUCACAUUAAUCCCUUGAUUUGUCCAAAAGAUGGUCGUCAAUUCAAUUCAAUGCAUCCAUACUUGUUACAUCUUCAGAGAGCACAUUCGGAUUUGUGUCCCGAAUUUUUAUUAUGCACACAUUGCAAAUUUUCUUUUGACAACAUUUAUGAAAAAUUGGCGCAUAUGAAACAAUGUAACGAGAAAAAGUUUUCGUGUGAUCAUUGCGACAAAAAAUUCUCUAACAAAACUUAUCUCAAUAGUCACUUAAGAAGAGAAAUGGGACUUUUAAAUGUUACUUGUCAAUAUUGUGACAAGAUCUUUAAAGGAAAAGAUGAACUUAAAACUCACAUGCGAUCACACACCAAAGAAAGACCAUACAAAUGUCCAAUUUGUAAUAAAUGUUAUACAACAACAUCGGCGAGAUCAUCUCAUAUGGAGACACAUAAAAAUACGAUGAUUCAAUGUGAAAUUUGCUCAGUUAAAUUCGUGGCACGACGACAUUAUAUUCUUCAUUACAGGAGAUAUCACGAUGACAAUUAUAGGCAAAAAAAGCUUCAAGAACAGACGUGUCAGUAUUGUGGAAAACAAUUCCUACGAAGAGAUCAUUUUCGAGAACAUUUACAAAAAUCGCACAAUAAAGAAAUUUAAGAAAUUUAACGGAUU